AUGCAGCUGCAGCGGGAGACAGCAGAAAUGGCGCAGCAGCUAGCAGCAGCACAGCAGCAGAUAGCGAGGCUUGAAGGACGCCUGCUGCAGCAGCAGCAGCAGUUUGCUGUGGAAGAAGUGGAGGAUCUACGGGCUCGUCUUGCUGCUGCUGCUGCUGCUGCAUCAGCGGGGUCAGCAGAAAGACAGCAGCAGCAGCUGCAGCAGCAGCAGCAGCAACUGCAGCAGCAGCAGCAGCAACUGCAGCAGCAGCAGCAACAACUGCAGCAACAGCAGCAGGAGGUAUCUCUGCUUGUUAAAGAGAAUAGAAGACUUGCUGCUGAGCUAGCAGCAGCGCAGCAGACAGCAGCAGCAGCAGCAGCAGCAGCAGCAGCAGCAGCAGGAGGGGAGAAUGAGACAGAAGAUGUGCUGCUGCAGCAGCAAGAAGAAGCAGCAAACACCCUAAACCCUCAAACCCUAAACCCUAAACCCCAAACCACUAAACAUAACCUCCUUCAUCUCAUCGUCAGGCAAAGAGACGAAUACAAAACAAAACUAAGAGAAAUGGAAAAGGAGAAAGAUAAAUGGAGAUGUGCUGCAUUGGAUGAGCAGCAGCGGCUGCAGCAGCAGCAGCAGCAGCUGCAGCAGCAACAAAUGCUGCUGCAGCAGCAGCAGCAACAGCUGCACGCCUUUCGAGCCUCAAACAUCAGAGGCGCAGCAACAGCAGCAGCAGCAACAGCAGCAGCAACAGCAGCAGGGAACCGCUGGGGCGUUGCGGUGUAUAACGACAUCUGCAGCAGCAGCAGCAGCAGCAGCAGCAGCAGCAGCAGCAGCAGCAGUGGAGCAAUAGGAGACAGCGACAUGGAGACUGAGGAGACAGACAGCAGCACGCCUCUUCCUCUUGUCUCCCGCUAUAAACCCAGCAGCAGCAGCAGCAGCAGCAGCAGCAGCAGCAGCAGCAGCAGCAGCAGCAGCAAAGCGCAUGCAGCAGCAAUAAAGUUAAGAAAGAGUUCGUAUGGUUUUAUAAGAGGUGUUGCUGCUGUUGCUAGUGGUGUGAUGAAAGCAGCAGCAGAGACAAGCCGCAGCUUAUCCAGCCCCAAUACUGCUGCUGCAUGCAUCCAGCAGCAGCAGCAGCAGCAGCAGCAGCAGCAGCAGCAGCAGCAGCGGGGGAAUAUAGGAGAACGUAUUGUAUUGAUCUGGGGGCGCAUGCUGCUCUCCUCCCCAGCUACACGUAUAUUUGCUUUUUUAUAUUUUUCUCUCUUGCACCUUCUUGUCUUUGUUGUGCUGCUGCUUGCUGCUGAUGCUGCUACCAGCAGCAGCAGCAGCAGCAGCAGCAGCAGCAGCAGCAGCAGCGGGAGUGGAGGAGGAGGAGCAGCAGCAGCAGCAGAAACACUCGCGCAUGCAUAUCUUAACUGA